GAGUAGCCGUCCCCUCUUCCGGUACGUAACUAAAACCUAUUUUAUGAGAGGGGCUCUUUGUCAAGUAUACCUUUUUGAUGCCUGGUAUUUGAAACCUCCCAAGUAUGCCAGCAGCUACAGUAGAUCACAGCCAAAGAAUUUGUGAAGUUUGGGCAUGCAACCUGGAUGAAGAGAUGAAGAGAAUCCGUCAAGUUAUACGGAAGUUUAACUACGUUGCCAUGGACACAGAGUUUCCAGGAGUCGUUGCAAGGCCCAUUGGAGAAUUCAGAAGCAACGCAGACUAUCAGUACCAACUACUCCGCUGUAAUGUAGACUUACUAAAGAUAAUUCAAUUAGGAUUGACGUUCAUGAAUGAACAAGGCGAAUAUCCUCCAGGAACUUCAACUUGGCAGUUUAAUUUUAAAUUUAACUUAACAGAGGACAUGUAUGCCCAGGACUCUAUAGAGCUACUAACAACAUCUGGAAUUCAGUUCAAAAAACACGAGGAAGAAGGAAUUGAAACACAGUACUUUGCUGAACUUCUAAUGACAUCGGGUGUAGUACUGUGUGAAGGUGUGAAGUGGCUUUCAUUUCAUAGUGGCUAUGACUUCGGCUAUCUAAUCAAGAUCCUGACAAAUUCCAAUUUACCCGAAGAAGAGAUGGACUUCUUUGAGAUACUGAGAUUGUUUUUCCCUGUCAUUUAUGAUGUGAAGUACCUUAUGAAGAGUUGCAAAAAUCUCAAGGGUGGAUUGCAAGAAGUAGCUGAGCAGUUAGAAUUGGAGAGGAUAGGACCGCAGCAUCAGGCAGGAUCUGAUUCUCUACUAACUGGCAUGGCUUUCUUCAAAAUGAGAGAGAUGUUCUUUGAAGAUCACAUUGAUGAUGCCAAGUACUGCGGUCACUUGUACGGCCUUGGUUCUGCUUCGUCUUAUGUACAGAAUGGGACAGGAAAUGCGUACGAAGAAGAAGCCAGCAAGCAAUCAUGACACAAAAUGAGAAGCCACCUUUUCGGAGCGCCACAUGCUUGUACAUAGGUUUUAUCUCUGGUUGAAUCCCUUGGACAAUAAGGCAUUCUCUUUUCCUCCCUUUCUCAGCCCACUGUCCUUUUUUUCUCUGCCUUCAUGUACUAAAAUCUGACUGUUCCUAUCCCAGUUCUUUGACCUUGAGGCAUAGGCAUUUCUGGGUUUAAAUGUGGCCUUGUACCUUGCCCAUCUGUACACAAGUACGUACAUGUAGGAGCAGUGUGGCAGACAGAAGAGGAAA